AUGUCGACCAUCUCUACGCAGCUGCGCAAUUUCAAGGAGCCGACCAAGGACCAACUCACACACUUGUUCUUCGCUCUCCCACCAGAAGAACCAAUCUAUCAUGGGGAAAAGGGCGCGGCAGAGCAGCAGGAGAAGAUGGAGAUCAGUGCCGUCUUGGUCCUGCAAGGAGAGGAGACAUGGCCAGGCAAGCUCUAUCUUCUGCCGCCGUACCUCACUUUCGCCUCACUGGACCGCAAAUCUACGCGGUUCGCGAUCCCGCUCAGUACCAUUCGGAGGGUCGAGCGACUCAGCGCUCGGGCGGGGGUAUAUGCGUUGAGCUUGUCACUAUGGCAUGGAAUGAAGAUGAUUGUACAGCUAACAGCCCUGCGGCCAACAGCAGACUUGUUCUGCUCGCUUCUCCGCGACUCUUUGAAGGUUGAAUUGCAACGGGGGCAGAUGAAGGUCAUCAAAGGUUUUGUGAAGACAUGCUACUCCGAAAUACUGGUACUAUCUGAGAACGAGGAGAAGGAAGGUGCUGCAACCAAAGCGGACGAAGCCAAUGCAUCCCCGUCAGAAUCUAUGUAUCUUGGUGGGCUUGGAUUGAAGUUUAAAUUUCCAGGAGAUCCUAAGAAGCUGCGCGAGGCUUCUAAGACGAAACUUUGGACAAAUUAUCUUCGAACACAUGGUCGCAACCUUACUCUGUUGCGCUAUCAGACUUGUACACGACUUGUGCAAGUGGGUCUUCCUAACAGACUACGCGGGGAAAUGUGGGAGACCCUAUCUGGAUCACUGUACAUGCGCUUUGAGAACCCUGGAUUCUACGAACGUAUAUUGAAAGAAAACUCUGGUCGGACGAACACGAGUACAGAAGAGAUUGAAAAGGAUUUGCACCGUAGUCUCCCUGAAUAUUCAGCAUAUCAGUCCGAAGAGGGCAUUGCAUCCCUGCGCAGAGUACUGCAAGCCUAUUCGUUUAAGAAUCCGGAAACCGGGUACUGCCAGGUCAAUGCAGGCCAUGAAUAUAUUAGCGGCGGCGAUCUUGAUAAUAGUUACAUGUCCGAAGAGCAAGCCUUCUGGUUAUUAGAAAUUAUCUGCGAUCGUUUGCUGCCGGGCUACUACAGUCCCUCUAUGCAUGGGACUCUUCUCGAUCAACGUGUAUUCGAGUCACUGGUGCAUCGGUGCCUACCAAUCAUCCAUGAGCAUUUCCAGCAGGUCGACGUGCAACUCUCUGUAGCAUCUCUACCAUGGUUUUUGAGUCUAUUUAUCAACAGCAUGCCGAUGGUUUUCGCGUUCCGAAUCAUCGACUGUUUCAUUUAUUCUGACGGAAACCCCAUCGUACCAAGACUCGCUAUUCUCAAGAUCAACGGAGAGAAGCUAUUACAAAUCCAGGACGAUGGCGGUUUCAUCCAGCUCAUGCGGGAGUAUUUCUCCUCACUCGGCGACUCUGCCCAUCCUAACUCUACGGACCCUCGCGCACGAGCGAUCACUCGUUUUCAGGAGCUAUUGUUGGUGUCAUUCCGGGAGUUUUCCGUUAUUACAGACGACACCAUUUUGAGCGAGCGGCGCAAGUUCAGAUCCGAGAUUGUACACAGCAUCGAAGCAUUCUCAAAACGCUCUGCAAUUCGUAAUCUGAAGACCCUUGAACGCUUUACCAAAGACCAAGCGGGGCUAAUUUACGAUGCCCUUUUUAAGUCGAUCUGCGUUGUUCCCCCGCCUGCUGCAUCUCUUCCGCCUCCGUCUUUGUUAACCACAAAAGAUGCUGCUGAAGAUAGACCCGAGACACGAAUAGGCUUGAAUACGUUCAAGGUGUUUCUCAGUGAAAUAUGCACUUGGGCGCGAGAUGAAAAGAUAGUUUCGAAUGGUUUCCAGCAAAGAAUAGAUCGCGAGGUCGCCGAACACGAGCUCAUCGAUCGUCUUUUCUUGUUCUGGGACACGUCCUAUCGGGGUUCGCUUGCGUUUCAGGACAUUGUCUCCGGUCUAGAUGGUGUCAUGUUCAACGAUCUCAUGGAAAACAUAGAGUGGUUUUUCAAUCUGCACGACAAGAAUAAGGACGGAUUCCUCACGAAAGACGAAGUCUUGACCUUAUCUGAAUCAUUACUGUUUAUUUUCCGCUUUGAGGUCGGUGAUGCAUAUCUAGGGGCUGUUUCUCGCUUCAUGUCCAACGCCUUUGAAUAUGGCGAUGCACUGCUUCCUCGCCCCGAGGGUGCAGAUUCCAAUGAAGAGCCACCGCAAAUUGAGUCAAAUCAACCAUAUAUGAACUUGGCAACAUUUCGUAUGGUAGUUUUAGCGGAUGAGAUCCUGGAGUCAUUCUUCGAAACCGACUUCUGCUCCACAUUUAGACUAGAACCGGUUCCUCUGGAACUUCCGUCCUCAAACAGUAGUCUGCUCGGCGGUAUUUGGUCCAAUAUCGCCAGUGAUGACAACAAGAAAAUUUUCCACAGCUUCACAGACCAAAUCGGUAGGACAAUUGGCAAGCAUCAGGUCUACCACCGUCCUGCUAUCGGGAAAUAUACUGCACUGGAAGAACCCAAAGCUCGCGAAUCGUUGCUUACACCUACGAUGCGUCGAUCAGCCUCGAAGGGCAGCCUUGCCACAACAGAAUUAGAGGAUACUGCAAGCCUUAUGACCAGUACUUCCACAUUGUCUCUAUCGGCUUCUGCCCCUUCGCAAAUCAACGUCGAGUCACCCCCUUCAAUCUCUCGGGCAGAGUUCUCGCCUAUGCCUAGUAUGUUUCAGGCGGCCGCGCAGGCUGCUGCGUACAUGGAGCGGACGCCGUUCGCAAUUGACGACGCGAAGGAUGAGGAUGAGGAUUUGGAAGACGAGAGUGAAGUGGAGGAUGACGGUGUUAUGGACGAGGUGGAUGCAUUCCUAGAGGAACAUGACACUGGUCUAACAGAUGCCGAGAGAGCUCUUGCGCAAGACCUCAUGAAUGCUGAGCCUGUUUGA